GCAAGGAAUCGCCUCGGCUUGACGGGUGGCCCUAUCAGAGAGCACAGCCGGCCGCCAUUGUCCUCCGCGCGGCAGCAGUGAACUGACGCCGAGGCGGCGGAGCCAGGAGCAGCCAGAAGCAGCGGGGGACCGCCCCUGCGUGUAUAACCUGCUGCGGGGCGCAGCGAGCAGGGCGAGCUUACAGGGCACGAGACGGCAGUGGGCUGGGCAGAGAAGCGGGGAGGCACGGCAGCGUGCAGGGGCCUGGAAUCUCUGCCCACUAGUAGAACUGCCUGCCUCCCGGACAACGUAUCUCACCGUGGUGUCCACCAGGUGGAAAAGCCUGGGGAGAAAUACAGUGGUGACUGAGAGCCCCUGCCUGAAGAAGUGGAAGUUCAAGUCUGUGGCUGCAGCAAGUGACUGAGUCCGUUGGUGCAAGAGAAGGCAGGAGGGAAGGCAAGCAGCCUGAAGUGCGAGCAGGCAACCUAAGGUUUGGAAGACAGUUCUGCUGCUGUGCACCGUGGCUGUGGUGUCCUUCGGUCGUUACUGGUUUGGAAGUCUUGCUGGAGGCUCAAGGGCAGUGGAAAAAAAGACUUCAUGGCUGGUGGGUGAUGAUCUGGAAAUGCUGAGGGUGGAACAAGAGCUCGACAAGAUCCAGCAGCAGCUUCGUUUCCUGCAAUGGGGAGCAAAGGACAUCACCCUGCGUGCUCUCCACGAGGCCCUGAAGAGAAAUGAGCUCCCAGGCUUUACCGGCGAGGCUGUUCAAGAGAUGAUCAAUCAAGUCCUGGAGAAGCUGGAAGAAAGCCCAUUCCAGAUGCGUAAUUAUGCCAGCAAAACUUCAGGCGCCGCUAUCGUUCGUUCCAAGACUUCUCCCUCCUGGAUUGGAAGCGGGAAAGUCUUCUGGCACUCGUUGCUGGUGACACCAUAUAUGAGGCCUCCUGAGAUUAUUCUUGAGCCUGACAAUCAGCCAGGUAACUGCUGGCCCUUCCCAGGAAGCCAAGGGCACGUCUUCAUCAAGUUGCCCAGGGCCAUCUUUCCCACGGCAGUUACGUUAAACCAUGGAGUUCCAGCAACGGCCUACCAUGCAGACAGCACCUCCAGUGCUCCUAAGGACUUUGCUGUCUAUGGCCUGCAGGAAGAAGGUGACGAGGAAGGAACUUUGCUAGGAGAGUUCACCUUCACGCCAGGCCAGGAUCCCAGUCAGACCUUCCAGCUGCAGAACGAGCACUCCGGGUUCAUCAAUUACAUCAAGCUGCGAGUGCUGAGCAACUGGGGCCACCCGGACUAUACCUGUGUGUAUCAGUUCAGGCUCCACGGCAAUCCAGCCCCUGACGGUGAAGCUAAGGGAAAGCCACUUGGUUUACCUUUCAUGGAGGAGUCUCCAGAUCUGAGCCCGUGACAGGGGCACAAACCCAGGGGACGAAAGAGAGUGGCAACAAAAAUUACCCUACCUUCUAACAGCGCGGCACAUCCGGCCCCGGCUCUGUGACUAACAAGGCAAGGCACGAUGCGGGCCGUGCGCUCCAGGAGAGGGGGAAGGGAGACAACACGUGUGUCUGACAACAAAAAAAAAAACCACCACCAACAAAAACAGAAUCAACGGCAACUGUCUGGGGAGGAGCUGAAUUUACUGAAUCCAACAAAAUCAAACAAAAUGAGAGAGACGGAAGUAUCCAAAAUACAAGAUCUCAUGUUAGAAGACUGCAGGGGAAGCACGUGCUUUUCUCCGUGGCAAACCAAGAGUGGGAAGAAGAGGCUGGUGUCCUGCCAGUAGCUCCACCUUUCUUCCUCUGCGCGCAAGUGCCCAUGAAUGGCAGUUCAAGGAACCAGAACAUUAACUCUUUAACUCCCACUAUUUUACGUGAUCUUCUGAGGUGGAAUAUCAGCAACAAAAAUCACAAAGCCACAACGUUAACAUCAAAUAUAACAUCAAUUCAUUCAACUUUUCCCAUGUUGAGUCUCUUUUGUCCGUCGGAGUAACUGUUAAGAGAUCUCCCUAUUGUCUAUCUCUCCCCAUAAGCCUUUUCAUUCCCUUUUCUCCUGCUCUCCUGUUGGGGAGGAGGAGGGAGGGAGCGGCUGGUUGGGAGUUGGCAAAGUGAUCCCAAGAUACUGCAUUUUCCGAUCCCUGUUGAAGCACGGAUGGGAGUCAGCAGGAACUGCUGCCCCCUUGGACUUCCAGAGGGCAGACCUUGGCCUCCUUUGGACCGUGGUUGAGAAGGUGCCUUGGGAGGCAGUUCUGGAGCGCACAGCAGCCCGGGAAGGCUGGGCAUACUUUUAGGGAAGUUAUUUUAAAAGUGCAGGAGCUGACCGUCACCGAGUCAUGGAAGACAAGUUGACGGGCAAGGAAGCCGGUCAGGCUGAACAGAGACCUCUGGCUGGAACUCGGGAACAAAAGUAAAGUUUUUGGUAUUUGGAAGAAUGGGCAAGCAACUUAUGACAAUUACGAGUACGUAGUGAAGCCGUGCAGGGAGAAAAUUAGAAAAGCCAAAGGCCAGCUAGAACUGAACUUGGCCGCUAAGGUGAAGGACAACAGUAAAUAUUUCUGUAAAUACAUCAGCAGCGAGUGGAAGGCUAGGGAGAGUCUCCAUCCCCUGCUGGAUGAUGCUGAGGGCAACGUGGUGACCAAGGGUCAGGAUAGGGCUGAGGUACUUGUUCUGUAUGAUUUACAAACGUACAGAUAGCAGAGUGGCGUGGUUAGGAUGGUAUUAUACGGGUUUUAUCAUUAGAAAGAUUAUCGUGGUGGAAAGGGAGAAUCAAAAAUUAGACGCUCAGCCGUGGCCUAGGCUCGCAGUAGAAAACUGCAAAGGGAGGGAUCUCCGGAAAGAGAUCCUUCCCCAGCGGCAGUCAGCCCUCAAAUGGGGCCUGGGAGAGGUGGAGCCAGGCUGCACCCCUCCGGGUCACACUGUUGAAUUGCCUCCACCCGUGCUCCCGUGGCUGAGUCAGUCCUUGCCUCAGGCGAUCAAUCAGUGGUUCAGGCUGUGACUCAGCAGCUCCCAUACACCUUCUUUGCCUCAGUCCUUAAUAGUAAGACUAGUUACUCCCUGGGCACACAGCCCCUUGUGCCGGUAGGUAGGGAUGAGGAACAGAAUAGGCCCUGCACAAUCCACGAUGAGAUGGUUUGGGACCUGCUCUGAAAGCUGGGUGCUCACAAGUCCAUGGGGCCAGAUGGACUGCAUCCUAGGGUGCUGAGGGAGUUGGCAGAUGUGGUUGCCGAGCCACUCUCCACCCUCUUUCGGCAGUCCUGGCUAACUGGAAACGUCCCGUUGGACUGGCAAAUGUGACACCCAUCUUCAAGAAGGGCUGGGAAGGUGAUCCUGGUAACUACAGACCUGUAGUCUCACCUCGGUGCCAGGGAAGGCCAUGAAAUGGAUCAUCUCGGGAGGCC